AAGUUGGACUCAGGGUGGUGGACGCGCACAUUUCGAGUGAUUUCGAGUUCAUUACUAGUGUAAUUUCAUGGUAUUAAUAUUCGUGACGCUGAGCAUAUGUGCAGACAAGACAAAUUAUGGAUGAACCUGUUGCAACGACUGAAAAAUCGAAGAAGAUAGAAGCUAUAAACAGAGAAACGAUCCAUCACAUCUGCUCCGGUCAGGUGGUGCUCGACCUUGCGAUUGCAAUUAAAGAGUUAGUAGAGAACAGUUUGGACAGUGGUGCUACAGUGAUCGAUGUUAAACUUACUGAUUAUGGUAAAACUUGCAUUAGUGUCAAUGACAAUGGCAGUGGCGUUUCGGAACAAGACUUUGAAGGCUUAGGCUUAAAACAUCAUACCUCAAAGCUUCGGGAAUUCACAGACUUGACUGAAGUAAAUACAUUUGGCUUCCGUGGCGAAGCAUUGAGCUCAUUGUGUGCCUUGUCCGAGUUGAGCAUCGUCACCAGGCAUGCAUCGAGCGGACAUGGCUUUAAAUUAGAAUUCGACCGGAACGGCGUGCUCACGAAGAAGGAACCAUGCGCCAGAGAAAAGGGUACUACAGUACACGUGAGGAACAUAUUUAAAAAUCUGCCCGUGAGAGCGAAGGAAUUUCAGAAGAAUCUGAAGAAAGAGUACGCGCGCGCUAUCCAAGUCUUGUACAGUUACUGCUUAGUCUCCACCAAUGUCAAGAUUACAUGUUCCAAUUUGAUAGCGGGUAAAUCGCCCAACCUUAUCGUGGCCACUAGGAACACCGACGAUGUACUGAACAAUGUCAAUUCUGUGUUUGGCAAGAAGUCUCUGGACGGAAUCGUUAAACUCGAAUUACAACCUCCGGACGAAACAAUAUUGCAAGAAUACAAUUUGCCUAAUGACAUUACCGUAGAUUUUGAUUGGGAGUGUUACGUAAGCACUUGCGACCAUACAAUCGGACGUUCCUCACCCGAUCGACAAUUUUUUUAUGUGAACGGUCGACCGUGUGAUCUCGCGAAGGUCAGUAAACUGAUCAACAGUGUGUAUCAUAAAUACAACAAUAAACAGUAUCCGUUUGUCUUUUUUAAUUUAAAAUUAGACCGGCAAUGCGCCGAUGUUAAUGUUACUCCCGAUAAGAGGACAAUAUUUGUUACGCAAGAACGCCAUAUAUUAGGGACACUGAAAUUCAGUUUAACAACAAAAUGGGACAAACUGCAAGGGAAUUUUACAGUCAAGACUUUAACAGAGUUAAAUUUUGGCUUGAAAAGAACAAUCUCGUCUAGUCACACGCAACCGCCAGCUAAAAGAUUACAAGCAUCAUCUUCGGUGUCACAUAUUGUGAAAGAAAGUAAUAUUCAGACUAAUAUCAAAUCAAUGAAAAAGCCUGUAGAUACAGAAAUGGUGAUAAGUAUAAUAACGAUAAAAGAAAAAUUAAACGAAAAAGUGAAUAUCGCUAGAACACCUGUCAGUACAGCUAAAAGAAUAAAAUAUAGAGUACAAAUGGAAGCUAAUCAAGGCGAGGCUGAAAAAGAACUGCAAAAAGAAUUGACAAAAGAUUCAUUUGACAAGAUGGAGAUAAUAGGUCAGUUUAAUCUUGGUUUCAUAAUAGCUCGCUUGGAGGAUGAUUUAUUUAUCAUCGACCAACACGCUACCGACGAAAAAUUUCGAUUCGAGAAGCUCAGUAAUGAAACGAAGCUGAAAACUCAGAAGCUUAUUGUACCAAAAUCAUUGAAUUUCUCUACAUUGAACGAAACGAUACUUGUAGAACAUCAGCAAAUGUUCGAAGAUAAUGGAUUUACCUUUAAUAUCAAUGAGCAAGCUGAACCUGGCAAAAAAAUAGAAUUAAUAGGAAUGCCUGUUAGUGGUCAUUGGCAGUUUGGUCAAGAGGAUAUUGAGGAGUUAGUAUUCCUUAUUAGAGAAGCAGGCAAUGAAAACAUGGAUAAGCAUAUAUAUCGUCCUAGCCGUGUCAGGCAAAUGUUAGCGUCCAGAGCGUGUCGCAGCGCGGUCAUGAUCGGUACAGCGUUAAACUUCAGCGAGAUGCAGAGACUGAUAACGCAAAUGGCACAAAUGCAGAACCCAUGGAGUUGUCCACAUGGGAGGCCUACUAUAAGACACUUGUUGUCCUUAUUACUAAUAAACAAAUAAUCUGUAAUGUUUUAACGAACAUAUUUUAUCAAGAUAUUUGUAUUUAAAUACAAGCAAAUAAU